GGGCCCGUCCCCCCUGCCCCUGGGUCGCUCUUUUUAAGCUCCCCUGAGCCGGGGCUGCGCUCCUCUAAUUGGGACUCCGAGCCCGGGCUAUUUCUGGCGCUGGCGCGGCUCCAAGAAGGCAUCCGCAUUUGCUACCAGCGGCGGCGGCGGCGGAGCCAGGCCGGUCCUCAGCGCCCAGCACCGUCGCUCCCGGCAGCCCGGAGCGCGCACCGCAGGCCGGCGGCCGAGCUCGCGCAUCCCAGCCGUCGCUCCUCCACCUGCUCCGGAGAGAAGGGAAGAUGAGCGAGUCGAGCUCGAAGUCCAGCCAGCCCUUGGCCUCCAAGCAGGAAAAGGACGGCACUGAGAAGCGAGGGCGGGGCAGGCCGCGCAAGCAGCCUCCGGUGAGUCCCGGGACAGCGCUGGUAGGGAGUCAGAAGGAGCCCAGCGAAGUGCCAACACCUAAGAGACCUCGGGGCCGACCGAAGGGGAGCAAAAACAAGGGCGCUGCUAAGACCCGGAAAACCACCACAACUCCAGGGAGGAAACCAAGGGGCAGACCCAAAAAACUGGAGAAAGAGGAAGAGGAGGGCAUCUCGCAGGAGUCCUCAGAGGAGGAGCAGUGACCGCGCCGAGGAGCAGUUUCCUUCUGGGACUGGACAGCUCCGCUCCGCUCCCACGGCCCCCACCCCUUUCCCCAGGCCCACGCCUCACCACCCACCUGCGCCCUCGCCACCACACUACACAGCACACCAGCCGCUGCGGGGCCCCCGUGGCCCGAGUGGGGAGCAGUUUUCCUUUGGUCUCAGUUCCCAACAACCCCAUCUCCCACACGCACACACUUGCCCUCCUGGACAAAGCUGACUUCCCACUUAGCUGCACCCUGCACCUGCUGCGUCCCCACUCCCUAAGCAGGGGGACAUUGCUGACUGGGCUCUUGGUUUGGGGGUUCCCUUCUGCUCCCCCACUCUUCCUCUGGCUUCCCAUUAAGGGGCCUGGGAGGGCUCCCCUGGCCUUAAAAGGGGCCCAAGCCCCAUCUCAUUCUGACAUGCCCCGCCCCGCUGUAGUGGCAGCAGCAGGUGCGGCCUAUGGAGAGGGGUGCUUGGCCCCAAGAUGUCCCCAGCCAACCUGUGUCUCAUCGAGAGCAGCUCACACCCACUUUUCUUCCUUCCCAUCUUGCCUAGUGCCUGCACUAGGUUGGGCAGCCCCCUCUAGGGCACAGGAAGGAAGGCAGGAGGGGUUUGAGCUCCCCAUCCCCUCUAAACAGGCUCCAGCCCCCUUGCUGUCACCCUGGAAUCUAUUGCAGUGAUGGAGAUGCAGUCCCCUGUUAGCCAGGUGAGGUCCACAAAGUCCAGGUUCCCUGGGGCAGCCACCUAAGGUAGGCUGGAGCCACUCCCCAACCCUAUCUGCGUCCACUCUAGGCCUGUUUCACCUUUCCUCACAUGGGGCGCUAAUAACAAGGAGCUAGCCUUGCCCACUCCCACCCUUCUGCUCCUCCCCACCCCCCAAGGUUCUGGUUCCAUCUUUCCUCUGUUCACAAACUACCUCUGGACAGUUGUGUUGUUUUUUGUUCAAUGUUGUAUCUUAGACAUCCGUCAUUGCUGCUGCUACCAGCGCCAAAUGUUCAUCCUCAUUGCCUCCUCCUGUUCUGCCCACGUUCCCCUCCUCCAAGAUGCUCUGAGGGGAAGGGGCCUGGGCAAAGCAGGCUGGGUUACGACUACCCCAGUCCCAGGGAAGGUGGGGCCCUGCCCCAGGAUGCUGUGGCAGCGUGCUGACUGUGAGGGUGUGGGGGCCAGCCACCUCCCCCCUGUUCUGUCGGGGGAGGAGGCAGCCAUCAUCUGUCCCAGCCUGGGGCCCCCCUCUGGUUUCCUAUUUGCAGUUACUUGAAUAAAAAAAUAUCCUUUUCUGGA